UUGAUCUGAGAACAUGAGCGACAAAAGAAGAGUUCACCCAAAUUGUGGGAAUGGCUCGAACCCUUAUCAUGAAUGCAGCAAAUAUUGCUUCAAAAUAAUAGCGGAAAUAAAGAAGCAAAUGAUCAAAGCUGAAACACGUGUGUUGCAAGCGAAUACUGUUGAUGAAAGAGAUGGUGUUGAAAGUCACAGUGAUGAUGGAGAGGAUAGUACGAGAGAAGAGUCGGGGAAUCUGAUAAGAGGGAGGAAGAGGAAGUUAUUUGAAUUGAGGUUAAAAAUGAACGAGGCAAGAAAAGCUAAUCAAUCUGCAAUGGUAGUAGAGAAGAAAAAAACAGAAGCUCCAACUGCAGAGUGUAGAGGAAUGUCCAAGUAUGGGAAGGCGCCAAAAUCAUCAGACGACAAGAUAGAGAGGAUGGUGAAGGAGCUAAAGGACAGGUAUGAGAAGCGUCAAUCAUUUAGUCGGAGGAGAAAGUUUCAUGAAGAGAAAGAUAUUGACUCUAUUAAUGAUCGUAACGAGCACUUCAAUAAAAAGAUUGAGCGUGCCUUUGGAAAAUACACCUUGGAGAUCAAGAAUAGCCUUGAGAGAGGAACUGCUUUGCCUGACUGAUCCAAUAACAGAAGCGUUCUAUAAGAACUCAGCAGAAUCUUCAGUAUUUUUCCAAAAUAAUAGUAAUAAUAAAAAUAGUAUAGAUAGAAGAUCUUUUGAUUGAAUGUUUUUAAAUUUAUUCAGUAAAUUUUAAAUGUCUGCCCAUAGUUUAUUCACAACUUCAUUAAUCAAAUUCUACAAAAAUCAAUAAAUGGUUAAGCGAGAUCUAUAAUUACAAGAAAUCUUACUAGUUUAGUCGAUUGACUACUUGAACUUUGACCUUGUUGAUGUGAAAGUAAUUCCUUCCCCAUUUUCCAAACAAAAUUAUCCAUCCAUUAACUCAAUUUUUAUAAUUAAAUACUCUACAAAAACCUCUAAACUGCUGGCUAACUUAAUUAACAAUUAAACAUUGUGGAGAAAUCUCUAAACAGAAUACUAAAAGUAGCUCCAGAGUAAUUGAAAGUUUGAGUGGGGAAACACUACAUUUAAAGAAUGAAAGGGAAAAGAAACACUUGUGACUGGAUUUAGGAAGCAAGUGGAGUAGUUUAACAAGAUUCAUAUUUAUAGUUUCUAUUCAUAAUUGGGGGAUGAUACAUUGGAAAUUAAGGAAAAUACAAUA